AUGGCGAAGAACGUCUACGAGAAGGGCGAGAGCGUCUUCAUCGCCGGGAGCUGGGUGUCCUACUUGCACAUCACCGCCACUGGGGAGUACGACUACAUCGAAGGCUUCGACACUGAGGGCGACGCUCAGGAGCUGAGUGGGAUCCACUGGUUCGGGGAGCUGAGCCUCUACACGGAGGGCACCUUGCAUCAGUCCUCGUUGUGUGCCUUGAGCUUCGCGGAGACCUUCACGCUGGCGGGCCCUGCCUUGGCGGAUUGCGUGAAGCAGUCCAGGGGCUGUAUGGCCAUGUUCUGUGACUACGCCAAGGACUUUGUCUCUGGCAUGCAGGGCACAAAGAGCAAGUCGGGCGACCGUGACCAAAAACGCAUUGCGGAAGAGUGCUGCAAGAAGAAUCAGCACUACCAGGACCUGUACCCUGACCCCAAGACCCGCCUGCGGAACAUUCAGAUCCCCAUACGCGUCUCGCGUCAGUCGAGCAACGGAAGCGCCAUCGGCGGGGUGGAGUCGCCGGGGGAAGGGCUGGUGAAGCAACAGACGAUGCCGGCGCCGAUCCGGAGAUCCAGCGAUUCCAGGCGGUCCAACGAGUCCAUCAAGUCGGUUCACUUUAAGGAUCAGGACGAGGUCGUGAGCAACUCCUUGAGCGACACCAUGACGCGCUUCCGGCCGGCCGCCCUGGAGCCCGUGGACCCGGGCCUGGACCUCUGGCUGAAGAGUCUGCGGGGCACCGCGUUGGACGGCUCCGGCCUGGCCAGUAACCUGCAGGACCUCUUGCCGGAGUUGCACCCGGAGCACUCCCCCCAUUUGGUCUUCGAGCAGGCUCCAGAGCGUGAUCGGGCGGAGUCCAGCUGUAUCUCCAUCCUGGCGCUGCUGAAGGACCGCUACGACAUCUUCACCCAGCCACAGCCGCCCAACGUGAAGCUCAAAGACGAGCAGUGGACGGAACUCCAGGAGUUGAUGACUUGGAUCGAUCCCGACCUGGAGCAGGUGCACGCGGUGCUUGUGGUGCUGGCGAUCCGCGCCCUCGGGAAGUCCAAGGCGGUGCUGCAGCAGAUGCCCCGCACGAUGCGCCGCCCCGAGCGGGCGGUGCUGCAGCUCAUGGACAGCGAGAGGAAUGUGGUGCCCUCGGUGCUUUGGCUCUCCCCGCGCAGCUUGACCUUCAUCGAAGAUGCGCUCGCUGUGCAUGAGCUCUUCAACCUCGCUCAGAUGUUGCAAGGGGAGAAUCUGCCGGCCAACGUCGCCCAGCUCCGGGACUGUAUCGCGGAAAAAGGCCAAGACGUGUUUCGGUUUUACAUCCUCUUCUUGCUGGGCUUCAUGAGCGGCAUUGCGGCGGGACAAGGCUCGCGCUUCAUGAACGGCAAGAACGCCACCUCGGUGAUCAGCGGGAUCCAGUUGCUGAAACGGUUGAUGGAGUGCUCCCCGGGCGCCAUCUACUGGGGUUAUUUGGAGGACCGAGCACACAAGCUCCGCAUCGAUUUCCACACCGCGGAGGAUCUUGUGCUCACUCGACUCUCUUGCCUCGCGCGAGUUCAAGACGAGAAGGACUACUUGCUCCUGCGCACCUCCUGGGACGCGCUGAAGGCGCGGGAGCGCCUGGCGCUCACGGACCACUUCUUGGCGGAUGGCAUCAAGGAGCAGGCCUUCGUUCUGGAGUUCCUCCCGAAUUGCAUGGCCAACGCCAAGGCCAACAGCACGGUGGGCCUGGCUGGGCUGCUGGGGGUCUUGGUGGAUUUGCUGAACAACCUGAACACCUCCAUCGACUCCAUGCCAGAGAUGGAGAAGGUAAUCCCGGUGGACUUGUCGGAGAUGGCGGAGUUCAUCGCAGUGGUGCAGAACCGCUUCGUGUUCCUGACCUGCGUCUCCAGGUGUCAGCUACAGUUUGUAGGACAGCGGGUGUACCUGAAGAUGACCGGAAGCAACUGGGGCCGAACCACCGACCCAGACUCGGACAUGACGAGCCUGGCGUACACCUUGCAGGACAUCCUACAAAAGCAGGAGGUGCUGGAGGCAUACAUCAUGCGGCGGAGCAGCGACACCAUGGACAUCGACAAAGCACCGAAGCGGAGCUACCCUUUGGAGCGCCACUGGGACCUGGAGAACCGAAGAGGCUUUCUGAACCAGGGUGUCUCGUCACGAUACGAGCCGAUCCGCGCCACGCGCCACGCGGAGCGUGCCUGGCAGGGACUUAGGGCGGAGCCGGACCUCGAAAUCUUCGAAAGGAAUCUCCGUGGCCGAUGGGUCCUGAAGCAUCGCCGGAAGUUGCCAAAAAGCUUGGACUCCCCAGGGCCGGAGGAGGUCUCCAAGCUUCAGCGGCGCAUCACAUGGCUCAAUGCCAAUAUCUUCGAGGAUCGCAAGAUUGACCGAGAGGCCAAUGCUGCUGUCAGCGGGCUGGGGCUUGCACGCGCCUUAACCCUGCUGAAGGAUGUGGAGGAGAAGGCUGAGCAGGUGGCGAACCCCAGUGGAUACCUCAAGGCCGCCGCCGCGCGGGAGAGCGGGCCAGCCUUUGCGGCGCCUCAGGCCAGACAGGGCUACGGCGCGCCUGGCGGCGAUGGGAAGAUCCACAGGAGGGCUACGUGGCUCAACGCCAAUGUCUUCCAGGAGAGGCAGAUCGAUGCAGAGGCCAUCGCCGCCAUGGGGACGUUGCCGCCGCAGCGGGCCAUGGAAUUGUUCAAGGAUGUGGAGGAGAAGAAGGAUCAAGUGCAGAACCCAUCGGGCUACAUCAAGGCUGCCGUGAAGCGCGAGGCCCCCUCCUUCGCCCCGAUCCGCGGCGCGGGGCCGCCGGUGGUGGCGCCCUACGCCGCGAUGCAGCGGCCGCGGGGACCGCGGGCGGCGCCCAUGGCGCUGCCGUACCAGGGCCAGGCGGAAGAGAAGAUCCAGCGCAGGGCGGCCUGGCUGAACGACAAGGUCUUCACCGACCGCCCCAUUGACGACGAGGCGGUGGCCAUGAUGGGGAGUCUCUCCAUAGCUCGCGCCAUGGAGCUCUUCAAGGAGGUGGAGGAAAAGCAGCUGCAGGUCAAGAACCCCAGCGGAUACCUCAAGACCGCCUGUGCCAACGACGCCGCCGGUGCCGGCGCCGCCGGAGCGGGCGGAGCUGGCGGAGCCGGCGGAGCCCCGGGGCCCAUGGAUGAGUCCAAGAUCCACCGCAGGGCCACUUGGUUAAAUGCCAACGUCUUCCCGGACAGGCAGAUUGAUGAGGAGGCCAUCCAGGCCCUGAUGAGCCUCUCCGUACCACGGGCCAUGGAGCUCUGCAAGGACGUGGAGGAGAAGCAGCAGCAGGUGAGGAACCCCAGCGGUUACCUCAAGAUGGCGGUGGCCCGCGAGUCCGGAAACGGCGCGCCGAAGGCGGUUUUUCAAGCGGCCCAUCAGUCGAACGUACCGGCCGGAGAGGAGGAUUCCAAGAUUCAUCGGCGGAUCACUUGGCUGAAGAAUGCCAACGUCUUCCCGGACCGGCAAAUCGAUGAUGAGGCCCGGGGGGCCAUGUUGGGCAUGGGCAUCGCGCGGGCCUUCGAGCUCCUCAAGGACGUAGAAGAAAAGGCUGCGAGCAUGCGGAACCCCACCGGGUGGCUGAAAACUGCCGCUCUUCGGGAGGGCUUGGUGCCUCCUGGAUCCGCACAUCGCGGACCCGACGACAAGAUCCGGCGGCGCGCGGGCUGGCUAAGUGCCAACGUCUUUCCAGACAGACCCAUCGACGAUGAGGCGAUAGCGGCCAUGGGGAGCUUGGGCUCGGCGAGGGCCAUGGAGCUCUUUAAGGACAUCGAGGAGAAGUCGGCCUCCCUGCGGAACCCCAGCGGCUAUCUGAAAGCAGCUGCGCAGAGAGAGCCGGACGCUGGGAGGAGGCAUUUUCCUGCUGUACUUGCGCCCCAGGCGGUGGGCGGGGACGAGAUGGGCAAGCUGCACAGGAGGACAACGUGGCUGAACCACAAUGUCUUCCAGCAUGCCCCGCUGGAUGGGGAGGCCAUCGAGGCACUGGGCUCCAUGCCUCUUGCGCGGGCCUUCGACAUGCUGAAGGACCUGGAGAGCAAAGGCGCCGAGGUGAAGAACCCUUCCGGCUAUGUGAAGGCCUCCGUGAAGCGGGAGCACGCAGGUUUGGGGCCCAGCAGUGUGAAGCGCGCCCCGUCGCAGAUGGGUCCCCCUGCCAAGCGAAGAUGAGAGGCAGUUCCAUAGGUCGCGCGUUGAGUCAUCGAAAGCGUAUGAGAGG